CUUCCUGCCAGGGAGAUGGCGGCGACUCGACGGGGUUGAGUGAUGGCAACCAUGCCUUGCCUGCCGAUGCCAGCUUCAUACAGGUUCCCUAAUUUGAUAGCAGACAUGUUGUUCAGUCCGACGAAUUUAUCCGAGUGCCUGCGGGAGUGGGAAGACUUGGAGAAAGACUACCAGCAGAUUCAGGACACCCAUCAUCUGUACAAACAGAAGCUUGAGGAAGUGACCAAACUCCAGAACAGCUGCUCCGGUGCCAUUGCUCGUCAGAGGAAGAGACUGAAAGAGCUUACGUCAUCACUAAAAGAAUGCAAAGAAAACAAGCCACCAUUAAACCUAAGCCCAGAGGAGCUGGAUUCCAUCGCUGAAGUUGAAGAAUCCAUCAAAGACAAAACAAAUGCUUUCUUCGAGAUGGAAGCUUUUCUACCAAAGAAAAACGGGUUAUACCUCACUCUUGUUCUGGGAAACGUCAACGUAACGCUCCUGAACAAACAGGCAAAGUUCGCAUACAAAGAUGAAUAUGAGAAGUUUAAACUGGUCCUCACGGUCAUCCUCUUCGUGUUUUCUUUCACGUGUGGCUUUUUGUUCAGCUACAGAGUGCUGGAUGCUCUGUACAACUGCCUGUUGGUGUGGUAUUACUGCACACUCACCAUCAGGGAAAGCAUCCUGAUCAGCAACGGCUCCAGGAUUAAAGGUUGGUGGGUUUUCCAUCACUACGUGUCAACCUUCCUGUCUGGAGUCAUGCUCACUUGGCCUGAUGGCGCUCUAUACCAAAUGUUCAGAAACCAGUUUCUGUCCUACAAUCUCUACCAAAACUUUGUUCAGUUUCUUCAGUACUAUUAUCAGAGCGGCUGCCUGUACCGACUCAGAGCUCUGGGAGAAAGACACACCAUGGAUCUUACAGUCGAGGGGUUCCAGUCCUGGAUGUGGAGAGGCCUGACCUUCCUACUUCCCUUCUUGUUCUUUGGUCACUUCUGGCAGCUUUACAACAGCAUAACCCUCUUCAAGAUGUUCCAGCUUCCAGAGUGUAAGGAGUGGCAGGUUUUGAUGUGCGGCUGCUCCUACAUGGUGCUCUUCAUGGGGAACUUGUUCACCACGCUGAGAGUGGUUUACCAGAAAUACGUGAACAACCAGGACAAGUCCAAGAGUGUGUGAGACCGGAGUAACGAGCAUCACCAGAAAUGCCUCUUUGUUUACAAAAAAAAAAAAAAUCUGUUACAUUUGUUGUCCUUGUGGACCAUUUACUUGCACUGCACCUUUUAUCCAAGUCCUUUUGAUUUCAAGUCUGUCAUGUCUUCUGUAACAGGAACAAACAUUUCACUGUUAGGUGAACCAAGUAGUUCAUGUCUGAUCACUUUUCAAACUGUGUAUUUGUCUAUUUAAUGAGUUUGAAAACUCAGUAUGUGUUACUGAUUAAAGACCACGUUACUGAAAUYAGAUCUAAAAUCUGUCAUUUGUAGCUCAGAAGCUGUGUCGUCUAAACUCACAAAGUGCUCUGUUGAAUAAAAAUAUUCCUGAAACGGU